UGUUUGUAGAUUCUAUUGUGGAAUGUAUAUUUUACGCUUUGCCUGGCUUUGCCCUUAGCCCUUUUUUUUAUUUAUUGCAUGUGUGAGCUACGUUUUGUAGAUGUGAAUAAUUAUUCUUUGUUUCGGCUUGCAUUAACGUAAUUAAAGUAACGAAAAACGUCUUAUUCACACAUUUAUAACAAAGUCAGUUGCAUAUAAAUAUAAAUUCAGACACUAUGAAGGCGGCAUAUUUGAUUGUUUUUAUCAUAUUUAUUACAACCAUCUCCAUAGCUGAAAGUGGAGUACACUCAUAUGGCUCGAAGCAAAAUUACAAGGCAAAUUAUCAGUAUAGCAAGAAUUAUGAUAGCGCACCACCCAAAUAUUAUAAUAAUCAGAAAUUAGCAGACACAGCAUCAAUGAAUGCAUCAAAUUCAUCUCUAGUUCGAAAAGUUGGUGUUUCAGCUUGGGGAAUAAUUGCGAUAAUUUUAGGUAUAAUUAUACUCAGUACUAUAACAUAUUAUGCAUUUAUGCUAUAUCCAUACAUAUGUAAGAGAGAUCAGAUCACUUAUGACAUGGAGCAGUUGACUGAAGUUAAUUCUGUAUGUACUGUUAGCGACAAUACUAACAACAUGCCACUCUAUCAUCGUUCAAUCGAUGUUUUAAAUAAUGUAUCAAACAAUAUAGAUAAGAGCAUAAAUUGAUAAGAGAAUGACUGAAAAACAAAUUUACAUGUUUAUUUUAUAAGUACAUAAGUGAGUACACAUUCACUUAGGAUAUCAGUAUUUUUAUAUGAGUUUAACAAUAAUUAAGUUUUAUACGAACUUAAUGGCAGUUUUAUGAUCUCAGAGUAGAAAAAUAUUAAACAUUGAGAUUGUUUUUGUACUACCUUUUACAUAUAAUAAUAGAAUAAAUUAAUUUUUAUAAAUUGUACAAAUGCAUUUACAGUAAUUAAUAUAGAAAGAUUAGAACAAUUUUAUAAGCUAUUGCGAAAGAUCAGACUAAAUUAUACAACUAAAAAAAUAAUUAUAAACAGAAUGUUAAAUACAUUAACAUUUGUCAAAAAUGAUUUUCUUAAAUAUGAAUUAUUUUGUAGAAAUAAUAUAUACAAUGUAUAUCAAUUUUGGUUUGUAAUGGAAGACUAUAGAAUAUGCUUCAAUUAGGUGAUAUUACAAAAUGCAAAAAAGACUAACAUGUAUUAUAAUAACAGACUGAACUUUGCAAUUUUUAAAUUUGGUCCCAUUAUAGGGAGAAUCAAUUAAUACUCCUGCGAGUUAAGAAGUUUUUCUUAAGCUAUCAGUAUAUAUUAAGCUCGUAAAAAAGACUUAUAGAAACAGUAUACAUGUAAAUGUAUGUAUAUUUAUUACAAAUAGGAAACUAUAUAUACGACUUUACAUAUAAACUAUGUGUAUUUUAAAUAACCUACUUUUUAUAAAAAUAAGCAAGUUAAAUGCAUCAUAACACAAGAUAUACGUUCUUUGAAUUUCUUUUUCUCUAUCCAAAUAUGUAGAAAAUAAUAAAAGUAUAAGAAUUA